UCAUUCUUGUUUCUUAAACAUAUCAAGCCAUGUUUUCUCCAACUCUUCCUUUUGUCUGUAUGUUUUGCCUCAUAACUUUAGUUUUUGGAGCUGCUAAACUACCAAAUGAUGAAGUCGAAGGUCUACGAGAGAUAGGGAAGAUAAUAGGAAAAACAUGGAAUUUCAGCGUGGAUCCAUGCUCAACACAAUCUGGAUGGCUAACUUUAAAUCCAGUCAAGGGUUUCGAAAAUGCUGUUACCUGCAACUGUUCUUUCCAAAAUGCCACCAUCUGCCACGUCAUCAGCAUAGUUGUAAAGAGUCAAAGUCUCCAAGGCACUCUCCCAAAAGAUUUUAGCAGGCUCCCCUUCCUUCAAGAAAUUGACUUCACUCGUAACUACCUUAACGGUACGAUCCCUUCAGAAUGGGGUUCUACCAAAUUUGUGAACAUCUCUCUCAUUGGAAACCGACUGUCAGGUCCAAUUCCAAAAGAACUUGGAAACAUCACUUCUCUUACCAGUUUUACGGCCGAGUACAAUCAACUUUCAGGAGAAUUGCCUCAAGAGCUUGGAAAUUUACCCGCUAUACAAAGAAUAUUGCUUAGCUCCAAUAAUUUAACUGGCCAGUUGCCAGCCACAUUUACAAAGCUGACCACAUUGAAAGACUUUCGAAUAGCUGAUAACCAAUUCAAAGGCCCCAUUCCUAAUCUUAUCCAGAAUUGGACUAAUCUAGAAAAACUAGUGAUACAGGGUAGUGGACUAAGUGGCCCCAUUCCAUCUAGCAUUCUUCUUUUGAAAAAGAUGACUGACUUGAGGAUCAGUGACUUGAGUAAUGGAACUACUACACCAUUUCCACCGCUGAGUAACAUGAUAAACCUAAAGACACUGAUAUGUAGGAGUUGCAAUAUCGUCGGAAAGCUACCGGAGUAUCUUGGGGCAAUGACCAAAUUAAAAGUCUUAGACCUCAGCUUUAAUAAGCUAAGUGGAGAAAUUCCAAGCACCUUUUCUGGUUUGGCAAAUACAGAUUACAUAUAUUUGACUGGAAACCAGCUUACUGGAAGAGUACCAGACUGGAUGCUAAAAAGAGCAGAUAACAUUGAUCUAUCAUACAAUAACUUGGCAAGUCAAAGCUCAUGCCAACAAGGGAGUGUAAACUUAUUUGCAAGCUCCUCAAUGGGAAAUCUCUCUUCGACAGUUUCAUGCUUGACAAGCUUCCAUUGUCCGAAGAAUUUCUAUUCCUUUCAUAUAAACUGCGGAGGGAAGGAAGGUAGUAUCAAUGGAAUAAGAUAUGAAGAUGAUACAAACCCAGGCGGGCCUUCAAUAUUCCACCAAAGUCGAACGAACUGGGCAUUUAGCAGCACUGGACAUUUCCUGGACAAUGAGCGCCAAUCAGAUCCCUACAUCUCGACAAACACAACUAAACUAUCUCCUAACACUUCUGCAUUAUAUACUGAUGCACGCCUUUCUCCACUCUCGCUUACUUAUUAUGGUUUCUGCAUGGGAAAUGGGAAUUACACUGUUAGCCUCCAUUUCGCAGAGAUAAUGUUUACUAAUGAUAACACAUAUAGCAGCCUCGGCAGGCGAAUGUUUGAUAUUUACAUUCAGGGAAAACUUGUGCAGAAGGAUUUCAAUAUUGCAGAGGAAGCAGGUGGUGUUGGUAAAGCAAUAAUGAAGAAUUAUACAACAAUUAUAACAAAUGGUACAUUGGAGAUACGGUUUUAUUGCAAUGGAAAAGGGACAACUGGUAUCCCUGUUAGAGGAGUGUAUGGUCCCCUUAUAUCUGCCAUUUCUGUCACUUCUGAUUUUAAACCUCCAUCAGAGAACAGCAAGAGUAGCAGUAGUAUAUCUAUAAGAAUUGUGAUUGGAAUUGUAGGUGCCGUAGUAGCUAUUAUCUGCUUCAUCCUGGGUGUCCUUUGGUGGAAAGGUUGUCUAAGACGUAAAGAUAAAAUGGUUCAAGAUCUAGAAGGCCUAGACUUACAAACAGGUUCAUUUAGUUUGAAGCAAAUUAAAGCUGCUACAAACAACUUUGAUCCUCUAAAUAAAAUUGGAGAAGGGGGUUUUGGUUCUGUUUACAAGGGCCGUCUUCUAGACGGUACCACGAUUGCUGUAAAGCAACUGUCUGAGAAAUCAAGGCAAGGAAACCGUGAAUUUGUGACUGAGAUAGGCAUGAUUUCAGCUCUCCAGCAUCCUCAUCUUGUUAAGCUCUAUGGUUGUUGCAUUGAAGCAAACCAAUUGUUAUUGGUCUAUGAGUAUAUGGACAACAACAGCCUAGCUCGUGCUUUGUUUGGUCCUGAAGAAUGCCGGUUAAACUUGGAUUGGCCUACUAGGCAUAAAAUCUGUGUUGGUAUAGCAAGAGGUUUGGCCUUUCUCCAUGAAGAAUCAAGAUUAAAGAUUGUGCACAGAGACAUUAAAGCCACUAAUGUGCUGCUUGAUAAGGAUUUAAAUCCUAAGAUAUCUGAUUUUGGUCUGGCAAAGCUUGAUGAAGAAGAGAACACCCACAUAAGCACCAGAGUUGCAGGAACCUUUGGAUAUAUGGCACCUGAAUAUGCAAUGAGAGGCCACUUAACUGAUAAAGCAGAUGUUUAUAGUUUUGGGAUUGUUGCCUUAGAAAUUGUUAGUGGAAGAAGCAACACCAGUUUCAGACAUAACACAAAGGAGGAUUGCUUUUAUCUUCUUGAUUGGGCACAUGUUCUAAAAGAAAAGGGGAGUCUAAUAGAGCUAGUUGAUCAAAGAAUGGGGAGCAACUACGACAAAGAAGAGGUUCUGACAAUGAUAAAGGUUGCUCUUCAAUGCAGUAGUGUCUCUUCAGCUGCUAGGCCUUCAAUGUCUUCAGUUGUAAGCAUGCUCGAAGGAAAGACAGUUGUCGAGGAUUUGGCAUCAUCGGAGUCAUAUGACGAGACGAAGAUUGAAGCAAUGAGGAAACACUUUCAAAACGCCAUUGAAACUCCGACGAGUACUCAGAGUAUGUCGAUGGAUGGGCCUUGGACUGCUUCUUCUACCUCUGCUCGAGAUCUUUAUCCCGUUCCUUUCGAUUCCCAGUAUUGGGACACUAGGAACUAAAGCAACCCUUAUGUUUAUCAGUUACAGGACUUGAAGCUUGAAAAUUGCAAUAACAAUUGUAAUUCUCUUUUAUUUUUUUGCCAUGUUAAUCUUGUUGAAAUUACAUUGUAAUAAAAAGGAAUUUGUGUGCUGCUUGACAAUUGUUUUGGAAA